GGGCGAGCAUGGAGAAAGGGGGCUUCAAGAGGCUCGGCAGGCUCUUUCACAAGAGCGAGUCGGAGGACUCGGAGCCGGACACCAGCCGAGAGACGCCGCUCCCGUCCCCCUGCCCUUCGCCGUCUCUGCAAGGGCGGGGACAGCACCGCCACGGUAGCCCCCUGGCCGGCGGCGGAGAGCGCAAGAAGCGCUCGGCUUUCGGGAACUGGCGCUUGAAGAAGAAGCACAAGGAGCGCCAGGCGACGGCGGUCGAGGCCAGCAGCUUUAGCCAGCUCAGCGCCCCGGCGUCUCCCUCGCUUUCCCUGUCAUCCCACUUCACCGCCUCCUCAGAGCCUGCCAGCCCCACAGACAGAUAUUUUGACAUGCCUGACACAGAAUUUGCUGCUCCAACAAAUCAGCCAUCUCCGGUUCCAUCACAGGAGACACAAUUUCCUUAUGCUAUCUCAAUGGUUUCAAUAUCUGCAGCUACGUUGCCAUCAUCAUUCAGAAAGUCCAAAACACACUCUCCAGAGUCUUCCAAAGAAGAAAAAAAGAAACCAGUUCUGGGAAAAUUUGGAAAUUUUUUCACUACAGGGAGAAGGAAAAAUACCAAAAAUACUUCAGAAGACUCUUUAAGGCCAAAUGUUAAGACUGCAAGGUCGGGCUCUCCCCGCAAGAAUCCAGCCCCAUUGGCAUCAAUAGAGGACUUCAAAGAAAUAAGUAAAAGUGAGGAGUGCCUUCUUGAGAAAAUCUGCAAUCGGAACCAGUCAGUGAUACAGAAUACUGUUGCAGAGACUGAAGAAUACUUCUACACCAAGGACCUGACACCUUUGUAUAAUGACAUUGUUUCAGAAUGGAAUUCUAAAGGAGCCUCGUCUGACAGUGAAUGGUCACCUGAUUGGCACAGCAGUAGUGAAACAAUAAAAAAUACAUUAUUUGAUAGCAAUCUUACUCUCCAGACACCAGAACCAGAAAAAUAUCUCAUCACUGAUGCAACUAAAACCACAACUCCAAAUUUCUUCAGAAGUUUAAGUAAUAUAAGUAAUGAGGACCAAGAACAUAGCAUAUUAAAUCAUAAACAAUUACUGAAUGUGGACCCAUUUGCAGAAUUAGAAGGUGCAGCCACAAAAGUUCAGUCAUCUGUUUUGGAAUCUAAGCCAAGUGAGCGCUCCCACUCUUCUAGGGUGUUGACACUGGAUAUUUUUCUUCGUAGAACUGAACAGUCAAUUUCAAAUGAAUUUUCAACUGCUUUAUUAGACGACAACUACAGUAGUGCAGAUGAAAUGGAUAAAAAAUCUGCAAUAAGAAGAUCUGGAAAGAGGAGAAAAUCUCAGUCAUCCAGUGAUGUACCAAAUGGGGAUAGAAAUGCAACUGAGAAUGUUGCAAAAGAAGAAACUGUUUUGGAUGAUAUUUCUUCAGAUUUAGUUGUGGAACAGAUGAACAACUCUGAAAGAAAAGUUAAGUCCUCAGCCACAGCUAAUCAUGAGAUGAAAACUGGAAGUAAUCAGAAGGGAUGUAGUAAAAUGGAGAUGGAGAAGAACAAACAGCCGCCCCCAACUUCAUCCCCAUACAGGAGGAAAUCUUUAAAAAAAAAUCAGUCUGAUACAGUUCUUCUUUCACCUACAGGCUUGAAGAGUCAAGGGAAAGAUUCACCCACCAAAAGACAAGUGGAGAGUGCAGCAAAUGGUAGCUCACUGUCGAAAACCUUUUCUGUUGAAAAGCUGACUUUUGGUGAGAACAUUGCAGAAACUUUUAAAGUUGCUUCCGUGGGUGUCCUAGGUAAUAGCACUUCAUCACUUAUUGAAGGGAGGCGAGAUUCUGCUCACAGCUGUGAUGGCAGUGGUCCACUACACGCUGACAAGAACAAAAAUGGUGGAAUGGGAACAACAAAUGGAAAGCAUACUUCCUCUGAUUUGGACAGCACAAAGCAGAGAAAUACAUGUUGGGAUGUUUCCAGAACUGUCACAACAAAAGUUAACCUACCAGCUAAACCAAAGAAUGUUGAAUUAAACCUUAAAACGCCGAGAAUCUCAGAUGAUGUGGGAAAUGAGCAAGAUUCUCUGGACAAAGCUGCUAAAAAUAACUUCAGUAUCGCCAAUAAAAUAUCCAUGUUUGAAAGCAAACAUAGCAAUCAAAAUCAACCUGCUGAAGUCUCCGCUUCGAAAAAAGGUUCUGUAUCAAACACAUUUGUUGGCAGAGCAAAGCUGAAGUUUGGGAAACAGCCUGCUGAAGGUGAACUGACAAACAGAGUAACAAGUAAACCAAACAGUCGCCAGAAGCCGCUUCAAAAUGGUGCAAGGAUGAAAGGAGGAUCUGCAGAGACAAAGAUCAAACAUGAAGAAGGAACUCAAGCAGGCAUUAUAAAUGAGGAAGUUAGAAAUACUAUGGGGUCUCCACUGAAUCAAAACGGUAAAGAUGAUAAUUAUGAUGAUCAAGUGAGUGUUUUUGUUUCUAAAAAACUUGAUUCAGAACUAGGUAAGGACACCUUACUACCAAAAACUACAUCCUUGCAACAGAGUAAAGAAAUGGAAGCUUCCAAAAAUAGCAUAAACAAGAAAAUGAAUGCCACAUCAGUAUCACCGGAAAGUGGAGACAGACUUUCCCAUGAUAGAGAUACCUGUUCUCAUAAAGUUGAUAGAGAUCCCCAGCAAUCUGACUUAGUGCUCACAAAAUCAGAGUUAGAAAAAAACAUGGAUUCUGACAAUAAAAAUGCAAAUACUGUUUCCGAAGGCAUACAAAUAUUUGAGUUAAAUAGCAGUGUGCAGCAAAGCCUAAGCAGUACUUCUAAUAUCCCUAAAGCAGGCAAUGACAGCAUUUGUGAUUCUCCAUCAGACAUGGAAAAAUUUACUGAAACUAUUAAAAAUCUAGACAGCUCUGUCUGUAUACCCCAGAAAAAGAAAAAGACCAAACUUCCAAAAUCACCUGCACCUCACUUUGCUAUGCCUCCAAUACAUGAGGACAAUUUAGAAAAAGUGUUUGAUCCUAAUAUAUUUACAGUUGGUUUGGGAAUAAAAAGGGACAGACCAUUAGAUCUAGCCCCAUCCUUACAGCUUAAAUUGCAAACCCUAGAAACUGAGACUAAAGUCAGACCCAAACGUGCUUCUGCUGAAAACAGCAUGCUUCUCCAAUCACUGAAAUCAUCCCACAGAAGAGACCCUACAGCUGUAAAGGAUACAAGUGGGAAAGAGAACCUGGACAGUAUAGACGGAGACAUUAAGAGAUCUCGACUUGAAAGUAGUGCUAUCUUCUCAAGUCUGCUUUCAACUAAAGACAAAGUGUUUAUGCCUUCAGUAACCUCUAUAAAUACGAUGACAACAUCUUUUACAUCUCAGAAGAGUGCUGAUUCGGCAGGAAAACCACCAUUAAGAUUUGAUACAGCUCAGUUAUUGGAGUCUCUUCCAGGUUUCAAAGCUCCAAAUUACAUGGAAAAAUGUUUACAAACUGAUGAUGCAAAAAAAGAGAGAAUUUUACAGAUGCCAUACUUUGGAAAUACUGAUACCAGUUUUUCAAGCUGGUUACAGUCUGGCCAAUAUGAACCAAACAUCUCCCCUGGUUUCUUAGAUAUGGAGGCAUUUUCAGGGAAGAACCAAGCUAAAAUUAAUCCCAGACCAGGAAAGAUUGUGAUAUACAAUAAACCAGACCCUUCUGAGAAGGUUAUUGAAGUUUUUCAUGAUAUGCCAGAUUGCUCUUCUUGGGUGCUGUCACCUGUGAUUUUCAUUAAAGUCAUCAGAGGAUGUUGGAUUCUGUAUGAGAAACCAAACUUUGAAGGGCCUUCUAUUCCACUGGAGGAAGGAGAACUAGAGCUUUCAAACAUGUGGGGUGAACAACCAUCUGACAGCAAAGAUGAAUGCAAACCUCCUGAGCCUGCAGUGAUUGGUUCAGUCAGGCGUGUAGUAAAGGAUUAUAGAUUAUGCCGAAUUGACCUCUUUACAGAACCAGGAGGGCUAGGUAUGGUAAAGUCAUACUUUGAUGACACUGAAGAAACACGAAUAAUUGGUGCUACAGAGAAAACUCGUUCCCUGCAAGUGUAUUGGGGCAUAUGGCUACUUUAUGAAGAACCUGGUUUCCAGGGAAUCCCUUUGAUGUUGGAGCCUGGAGAAUACCCUGAUCUAUCUUUCUGGGAAAAGAAAGAAGCAUAUAUUAGGUCCAUGAGGCCCUUGAAGAUGGGUGGACGCAAAGUCGAAUGUCCAGAAAACCCCAAGGUGAUCAUUUAUGAGAAGCCUUUCUUUGAAGGAAAUCACAUAGAACUUGAUACAGAGUUAGCAGCUCUCCCCAAGGGUGGAAAUCGAGAAAAAGUGCCAGAGAUGACAAAAUUGCUGUUUGCCUCUGUAGGAUCCAUGAAAGUUCUAGGAGGAAUCUGGGUUGCUUAUGAGAAGCCAGGGUUUACCGAACAUCAAUAUUUGCUGGAAGAAGGAGAGUACCGGGAAUGGAUGGACUGGGGCGGUUAUGAUGAACAGGUGCAAUCACUAAGGCCCAUCCUAGGGAAUGUUACACAGCCGCACAUGAUAAUGUAUACUGAAAAAGAUUUUGGGACUAAAGGUUCCAGUAUAAAUGUGUUAGGAAUUAUUUCCAGUUUGAAGGACACCGGCUAUGGACUGAGGACACAAUCCAUAAAUGUUUUAAGUGGAGUGUGGGUGGCUUAUGAAAAUCCCGACUUCACAGGAGAGCAGUACAUUCUUGAUAAAGGAAUGUAUCCCAACUAUGAGACUUGGGGAGGUAGGAGUUGUAAGAUAUCUUCAGUUCAACCCAUAGUUUUGGAUACCAACAGUGAUUAUAUGGGAAAAUUUAAGGUCCAGUUAUUUUCAGAACCAGAGUUCCAGGGUAGAAGUCAAGUAUUUGAGAAAGACACUUCUCAGAUUGAUGACUCAUUUCCUAUCCAGUCUUCAAAGGUAUUAUCUGGCAGUUGGAUUGCAUAUGACAAGGAAGACUUUUCUGGUAAUCAGUAUGUGUUAGAAGAAGGUGCCUAUCCUGAUCUGUUUGCAAUGGGUUGCCUACCCCAGACUUGCUUGAAGUCUUUACAAGCUGUAAAUAUUGAACUUUCUGAGCCAGUCAUUGCCCUUUUUGAAAAGGGAAACUUCAAAGGAAAGAAAAUGGAAUUUGCUACAGAAAUUGUAAACCUCAAGUUUCUUGGAUACAAUCCUCAUGUAGCUUCAGUACAAGUUCUUGGUGGCAUGUGGAUUAUUUAUGAACACAAUAAUUACAGAGGUCGUCAGAUUUUAUUAAAACCUAAAAAAAUACCAAACUGGCACGAGUUAAGUGGCUUCCACAAAAUAGGUUCCCUGCGACCUUUAUUGCAGAAACGAGUUUACUUCAGACUUCGCAACAAAGAAACAGGACAGUUCAUAUCAACUGAUGGAAAUGUAGACGAUUUGAAUCUUCUGAGAAUGCAGGUUACAGAAGAUAAUACAUCUGAUGAGCAAGUGUGGGUUUAUCAAGGAGGAUAUCUCAAAUGCAGGAUGGCAGAGGACUUCUGCUUGACAAUUGUAGGAAGUCUGAUAACUCCUGGCGCAAAAUUGGGCCUGGCACUUGAACAGAAUGAGGAAAAGCAACACUGGAGUAUUAAUCCAGAUGGAAGAAUCUACAGCAAGAUAAAACCAAACUUAGUCCUAGACAUUAAAGGGGGAACACAUUAUGAUCAAAACCAUCUAAUUAUCAGUUCAGUUAGUGAAGACAAAGCAACACAAUGCUGGGAGCCACUGGUUGUAUAAAGAUAAUUCUGCUUCAAAGGGAAGAAUUAAGAAGUGGACCCAUCCAGAGCAAGAUCUAUGAAGAGUGUUAGAAAAGAAGAGUUCAGUAUAAUGCCUGUCACUGAUUUUAAGAAAAACACCAGAAUUUAACACACUAGCUUCACCAUUCUGAAGUGUUUGUUGUACACCUGGCUAAAAGGGGGAAAAAAAGCUCUAAAACAGCAGUUCUGUUCAUUCCGUUUUCAAAGCAAAAUCUCUCAUCAGCAGAUACUUCGUGGCAGGGAUAAAUUACUAAUGCAGAAUAUAUUUUAAUGUGCAAUUUUUAAUUAUUUCUGAAAUCCUAUUUGAUCUCCCAAUGUGCUAUAGGCUGAUUAAUGUAUAGAUCAUUUUUACUCAAAAUAAUGAAAUGUUUUACUGCUAAAAAUUAUCUAAAGAUGGUUUACCAUUACCAAAAUUACCAUAUAAGAUGGUUGUACAAAAUUUCUACAGUGCAUUCAAUACAUUUUAGUAAGAAAAAUGUUUUAAAGCUUGUGAUUGUGGUUUUAAUGUAUGAUAAGUAUACAACCCAGUGUUUGCAAACAAAUAUAUUGGGCUGCUACCUGAACUAGUUAACCUGCCCAUUAUGCAUCUGCAUGGCUGCCUUACUUUAUACAAUUUUAAAGUAUUAAAGGGGGAAGGGAAAGUAUUCCCCUCUUUGUAAAGGGGAAGUAUAUUUCUUUCACACUUUAAAGUGUUUCAAAAUAGAAAUAUGUAAAGAAUUUUUUAAUAGGCUUAACACAGCAACUGUACCACUUACUAUUUGCUACACACAAACCUAUGUGUAUAAACUUCUGUGAUCUAUAAUCUUAAACUAAACUUUCCAUCUGCAUUUGCACAUACUUUCAGACAUCUGAUUUUUCUCUCAGUUACAUCAGUAUUACCUACCUUCUUCAUUUCUGUAGCACUUGCACACACACUUCUGUUGAGAUGCCAGAUUUCUCCUGCUUUACUUCAUCUCCCUAUAAUGCACUCACAUACUGAGGGAAAAUUCACUGCUUUUCUAUACAGCGAUCAUGCUGCGCUGCUAUAUUUGAAAAGCAUAUGAGGGAUCUAUGCUGAAUCCCACAAUUCAUGUUCUCCUUGAACAUCAGGUAAGUUUUGGUUACAAAACCAGAUUUAACACCCAAUUACCUCUGUUUAUGUACAAACUCUUCAAGAGUAGAGGCAUUUUUAGAGAUGGUUCCAGCAAUAAACUCCAGCAAAAUGGUAAAAUAACUCCUGAAUCCUAGAUUCAUUUUAGGUAACAGACUCCAGUAAAAACACAUCGUAGUCACUAAUGAAGAAGUAAUUUCUCUGGUGACAAAUGCCGUAAAUCAAUACUGGUCCAAAAUUAUGUUUAAGUGCAUGUUUAAGGAUCUGUAAGCUCAGCCUGUGUGUGUGUAUGUAUGAAUAUAUAUAUAUAUAUAUAAAGCAAUUUAAGAUUGUUCAAGCGAUAUUGUCUCUGCUAUCAUUUUUCCAGUGUGAUGAUUAAUACUUCUGCUACCAUAUUCUUGUAUAUUAGUUCCAAAGUAAACCAUUUAUUACAAACUGCAACUGGCAUGCAGAGUGAUUAGUCAGGUGUUCUGAAAAAUAAUCUUACUGGGAUUUAACAGUUCUUCUGCACUCUUUUACUUAGUUAAUUUUUCAUUUUCUAUUAUGAGAGAGUCAUCCUGAUCUUUUAUACAGACUGCAUUUGGUUACUAUAUUCUAGACCACAUGAACUAUAUAAUCUGUUGCUCUUUGGAAGAAUGUGCUGCUGCUUUUCUUGACAUAGAAAGUGCUUUCUGUUUCAAGAAUUGUUUCCUUGACUGUUUUAAAUUUUAAGGUAUAUUCCUUUAAAAUGUUUUGGUGCCAAAAUUAUUAUACAGACAUGCCAAUUUUCAAAUAAAGAUAAUAUUCAAAUGAA